AUGGAGGCAUCUCUUCCUCAUCACUUCCCGGCUCGACAACUUCAUGACGGGACCAUAUUCCAUUCGUCGCCAUACCCUCCUCACUCUAACCUCGCCUCACAGCAAGACAUUGGGCUAGAUGACUUCCAAUUCGACCCUCAAUUGGCAAACGAGCCUCAAUUACAGCACCCGCAAAGAGGGAACGCCUUUGAAUCAAGCUCAUUUGAUGGUCCGAGACCCAAUCAACCUCGCUUUCAGGAGAUUCGCUCAAACCCACCUGUAUCCUCUUCCCAGCCAAAUGAUGUCUUUGACCCAUCCAAUGCAGGCGGGUUUGGUCUUCUCUCCCGAACGCGUCCCCAGCAGACUACCGACGGCGGUCGAGGCCAGUUCGGCAUCUUGGCACCGACUAUGCAUCCUCAAUCCCAGCUACUGGCUGCGCACCUGAAUCAUGAUGAGCAGCUGGGGCGUCUACAACAUGAAUUGGAUCUACGGCCAGUCCCGGUUACGGGUGGGGGAACGACCGAGGGGCAUUUCAGUAACAUGAAGAUGGUACCGAACCCUCCCAAUUUGGAGCAAUGGCGGAGAAGGCUGUUUGACGUUGACGAGGCUAUCACUUUGACUGAGGAGCAAUUCCAAACGUACUUCCCACACGUAGACAACAUCUACUCCCAUCGCUCUACUCAACGCUACAAGCGCAAGCCUUUCGUCUCUCACUACUGGGAUUGCAGACUCAAAGGGCGACCACCGGGGACGGCAAAGUCAGACGACCCCAAUAAGAAGAAGAGAAAGCGGCAAGCCAGGGAACGCGAUCUAUGCGACGUCAAAAUCAAGAUCACGGAGUACUUUCCGGGAGCAAGAGCCUUAAUGGGUACGGAUUUUCCGGUUGAAACCCCUGCCAAUGACAACUCUUUCGCUCCUGGACAAGCACUUUCCACUACACAAAGUUCAAACAACGGGCUCCCGACCCUUACAGAAGCUGGCAAUGAUGGGGCAAGAUUUUAUACAAUACAGCGCGUCAAUGGGAACGGAGCCAAUGGUAAAGGUGAUGGAACGGCUGGAGCGCAUAAACACACCAUCGAGGAGAGUGAUAAAGUCAAGAAAAGUAGCCUUCAUCGACAUUUUCUAAAGGAAGAAAAGGAAAGAAGGAAAUCCAUGAAAACAUACCACAAGAAAGCUACUGGACUUGCUCUAACCACAGUGAAGAAGCACUCCAAGGACCAUGAUAUGAAGCUAUAUGGCAGCUGCUUCUGUCCAUUCGUACAACGAGUGUGGAUUUCACUGGAGGUCAAAAGUCUCAAUUAUCAAUACAUUGAGGUCGAUCCAUACGAGAAGCCCGAAGAGCUGAUGCGGAUCAAUCCCCGCGGACUCAUUCCGGCCCUUCAACACGGCAACAACUGGGGCUGCUAUGAAAGCUCAGUAUUAAUGGAGUACCUGGAAGACCUCAAUGAAGGAGCUCCACUACUACCACCCAAUGCAAAAGAUCGAGCGCAUUGCCGCCUUUGGUCUGACCACAUCAAUCGCAACAUCUUGCCACACUUCUACGGCUUACUGCAAUCUCAAGACGGUGGCCAGCAAGUCGAACAAGCACGGCAGCUCACGGACGGAAUCCAGAAGAUCGUCGAAGCUGCGGAUCCGUCCGGUCCCUUCUUUUUCGGCCCUCACAUUUCCUUUGUUGACAUCCAAUUCGCGCCUUGGAUCGUGAGGUUGAAAAAGGUACUAGCACCUUACCGCGGCUGGCCUGAACCGGAAGCGGGUAGUCGAUGGGCGAGCUGGGUAAAAGCCAUUGAGGAGAAUGAGGGUGUCAAGGCAACGACCAGCACCAAUGAGUUAUACAUGGAUAGCUAUGAGCGAUAUGCCGAAAAUCGCCCAAACACCAGCCAGGUCGCCAAUGCAGUCAACGAGGGAAGAGGGCUGCCAUGA